GCUAGCGAGACCUCUGGUGGCAAAUGUAGGACUAUUUCCACAAUAUGGCUUUGUCUACCCACACAUCCGUGGUCUACGUAAGUUAACGUGUAAAUUUUACACGUGAGAUAAUUAACAUUAUGGAACCUAAUAAAAUCGAUUGUCAAGUGCUAGAAAAUGAAACCGAAGGAAACAAAAAUCAAGAAAUCAAUCAAGUGAUACCUGGUUACGAUAGUUUUCACGAUUAUGUUCAGGAUACAUUCAAUGCCAUAAAGUUUGGAAUCAAAAGUACUAAUGGUUUACCAAUUGAAUCAAAUUUCAGUUAUUACUCGUGUUUUCCCAGUUUCCUUAGGGUUAAGAAUGAAAAUACGAAAUUGUUGUUGAACAUUAUGCAGCAUUUAUUAGGUACAGUUGGCAUGAAAAGCCAGAUGUCGCACCGUGACAUUGAAGAAAAGUUUGAACUUUUAUUAGAAAUAAACGAUAUAUUUUUAGACAGAGCUAACACUUUGAUGGACAAAGAAUGCGGCAUUAAUAAGAACUCUGAAGUGGAAUUGGUGGUAUCGCGUGUAAUAAGUCAACCAAUUAAUGGUGGAUGGAAUGAUCAAGUUUGUCGGCCACAAGUCACGGAGAAUUCUCAGUCCAUUCGUUUAUUGGCUGGUAAAAACAUCCAGAGACCACAACUAAUGUUCAAAGACAAAAUUGACAAUAGCUCGAAUCCUUGGUAUCCGAGAAUUAAGGACAAACCAAAUUCUUUGAAACCUUUGGCUAUUUAUUUGGAAGAGGAUGAAGACGGUGAAGUUUUUAAUCAUCCUUAUGAAUACGAACUGGACAUGUUUGUCGCUCCUGACGAUCAAUUGAAAAAAUCAGAACCGACAAAAUAUAAAUCUCUGGAAGAGACACCUCUGAUAAUCAUUAAAGAUCCAUCGGAUAUCAAGUUAUUGAUAGAAGAUUUAAAACGGUAUAAAGAAAUUGCUGUAGAUUUGGAGCAUCACUCCUACAGAAGUUUCCAAGGAAUUACUUGUUUAAUGCAAAUCUCGACGAAAGAUACAGAUUAUUUGAUAGACACUCUCUCGCUGCGGUCUGAAUUACAUGAGUUAAAUGAGAUUUUUACUAAGCGUACGAUAUUGAAAGUUUUUCAUGGUGCAGAUUUAGACAUUCAGUGGCUUCAGAGAGAUUUGUCUCUGUAUGUAGUAAAUAUGUUCGAUACACACCAAGCGGCGAGACAACUUCAUCUGCCAUACUUGAGUUUAGCAUAUUUGCUAAAACGUUACUGCAAUGUAGAUCCCGAUAAACAUUUUCAAAUGGCUGAUUGGCGCAUAAGACCAUUACCGGAGAAACUUAUGAAAUACGCUAGAGAGGACACGCAUUAUUUAUUAUAUAUAAAGGAUGUAUUAAAAAAUGCUUUGAUAAAAAUUGCUAAUGGACAAAUCAAUAUUUUGAAAGCUGUGUACGAUAGAAGUACACAGAUUUGUAAAAAGACUUAUAUAAAACCAGUAUGGAAAGAGGAGAGUUGCAUGAUUAUGUAUAGAAAAAGUCAGAAAAUGUUUAAUAACAAACAACUUUAUGCUUUAAAAGAAUUGCACAAAUGGAGGGAUCAAACCGCCAGAGAAGAAGACGAUAGUAUCGCUUAUGUAUUGCCGAAUCACAUGCUGUUGAAUAUGGCUGAAACAUUGCCUCGUGAAAUGCAAGGAAUUUUGGCGUGUUGUGAUUCUAUUCCACCAUUGGUUCGACAGAAUUUAUUAAAACUACACAAAAUAAUACUGAAGGCUAGGGAACAGCCACUUAUUAAACCAAUUAUUGAAGAAGAUAUUAGGCAAAGACUGACACAGAGAAACAGUAUUAACAAUUCAGAAGUGUGGAUGCAUUCUCUUCAUGAUAUUCCCAGUGGUAUGGAAGCAAGGGCAGACUUGCCAUGUUUGUUGGAUGAAGAUAACACAUUAGAAAAGCCAAUUUCAAAUGUUACAGUAGAACAUACAGUGACUGUGUUUGACAGUCCAGUUACAUCUGAGGAUGAGGAGAUGGAAAAUAAUGAACAAAAAGAUACUGAGAAGAAAAAGAAAUUUGUCUUUGUAAGUCCGUUUGAACGAUACAAAAGAGUUAUACCUAUGAUAGCGGAAGAGGAAGCACGAGAAAGAGAAAAGCAAAGACAAGAAGAAGAGAAUUUCUUGAAUGAAUUAAAGAAGAAAGAAAAGGAGUUGGAAGAGAGUAAAAACAGAGUUUAUGAACAUUUUAAACAAGUUUCUCAGACGGUGGAAGGAGUUAGUAUACCGAAAUCACCACGAAAAUCAUCUCAGAUUCCCCUGAGUCAAAUGUGGGGACGUAAAAGAAAACGAGAUUCAAACAUUAACAAACAAGAUGAUACACAGAAGGAGAAAAUUGAAGAUAACUCGUUAAAUCUAACCCCGCUGGAAACCAGAAUUAGUUACCAUGAAAAGCAAGAAUCAAAUGAAACUGAGCAUUUAAGAGAAGAAAGUAUAACACAAAAUCAGAAACAAAUAGCGAAUAAUGAAACUGUUAAUUUGUUACGGUCGAGAUUGAAGGGAGAGAAAGAUAUGAUGCCGUCAAAAGUAUUCGACUAUAAAGUCGUAGAUUUUAGUACUUUCCAAGGAGGUAGUAAAAACACGUCAAACCAAACAAACUUUGAACAAACAAUGAAGAGAAGAAAAGAAAAAACGCGGAGAAGGAAAAAGAAGAAAUUGAAUAUAUAAAUUGCUGUGUCUUAAUACUUCAUGGCGUAUCAUUUUAUACAACAUGAACACUGUUUUUUUUUUUGUAUCAUGUACAAAUGAUAGAUAAUAAAUGUAAUAAAUUAUGUA